AUGUGUGUGAUAAUCUCGCUUGAAUCGUUUUCGACUGCCGUCGUGAUCCUACGCGGCCAGAUUUCGCGGGACCUGCCGAUCGAGACAUACACAGCCAACCUCAUCACCGACUACGCCGGUACGACUACGAUCAAGGAAAGCCCGCUCGUUCUACAAGUGCUGGAGGGCUCGACCAGCCCUCUAAACAUUUCGCUUUACCUCGAGACCCCCUCCGCUCACUCGCACACUGGCUGCUCAAACGUGGCAAACUACAAUCGCGGUCUCUACAGCAACGAGUACUUGCGCUUCAUCUUCUCGAGGCUUCAGGCGCACGCUGCUUACAACCUCUCGUACCUGGCAGAGCUAGAGCUGAUAGCACCGGUGGUGGAUUGCACGUUCGAGUUGCUGGUGUUGGGCGAUCAAACGGUGUUGAGUGUGUACUAUUUGGUGCGCAACACGAGCGAUACUGAUCAAGUAUUGUUGCUAUCGACGUCGCUAUCGACUCAGGAUUACGAAGUCGCCCAGCAAUUCCAACGAGGGGCUGGCACGAUAGUGCUUAUCGCUGCUAUCAAAGACACCCAAGCCACAGCACUGGAGCACCACAUCGCCGUAGCGCUCAAUUAUCCGUACGUGGCUGAGCCGGAAUUUCUUUACGCGGAGCUGGAAGGAAUCGACGGUGACAACUACUGGCUUCUCAAAACUCUGCCGAACCAACGUAACCUGGACCCAGCGAAGGAAGUGCGUAUGGCUCGCCGUUUUGGCCGCUACAAGGGCGACCCCACUGCGCAGUCGAACAUCGAGACGGUGCACUGGGAUCUACCGGGUGACCCGGCGUCUGAACUCCGAGAGUGGAGGUGGUAUGGCCGUGCUGUACUGCACGAUUCGUGGGCGUGGACGCAUGCGAUUCACGGAGUUUUCGCUCUCAACGACAUUUUCAACCUGAGCGUGCUUUCAUUUGUGAUCUACAGACGCCUGCGCAGAGGCCACGUGUGGGUGGGUGAUGCGUUCGCCACAGUCUCCAACAUGCUACUAUAUCGAGGUGUUAUCGUCUUAGUCUGCAGCCACUUGAAUGGGUACUGGACCAUAACGAAGAUGUGCAUCUCCGUCGGAGACUCCAUCACUGGCCAACACGUCAUCUACUACCGACCGGAGCUGGUGCAUGCAGACCUGCUAUCAGUGUAUUUGAACUUGGCGAGUGUCUUGAGUUACCUCACUCGAGAGCGUAUCGACCCGCUGGUAGCAUUUCUGACGUUUGAGUUGGGUUGGGCCUGUCGAUUGGAGCUAGCGAACCUGUUCCCUGCUCUGAGGAAGCACAUCGUCGACUUCGCAGUGGCUGACGCGACUUUGGGUCUGCUGAACGUUGGCCCCGGUCUUAAAAAUUUAUCGCCGUUCGAGCUCCUGACUGCAUACCCGAUCGAAAGCGACCGGAAGCCCGUGGUGUUCUCAGCGGUGAUCUCUAUCUGCAGUCCUAUCGUGCUAAUGCUGGCGUAUAUCGCUGGUCGGAAGUCUACUCGAUACGCCAGUGCACCAGUUGCAGUUGCUGGAGAUAAAGGAACGACCAUUGCUAGGCGCCGUUCGAGCGCGUACAGGAGGGGCUUUGAGCAGAAUGACCUCACAUCGUUUGAGGUGGCUACAGGAGCCGCCCUCGUCAAGCGCUUUGGUGUAAUUUCCAGCUACGACAACUACGCAGGCAAUGACAAACAGCUUAUCGCGUCGAUCGAUGCAGUCUACGGGAACGGAUUCCUCGUUGUCAAUGGCAAGUUUCUCAUCGGAGCGCAAGAUUUGUUGCCGCUGAUCAUGAUGAAGGUGACUCGACUGCGCUUUACGAGCAUCUUCGUGUAUGAAAUCCUGGAAAACUACACGGAGAAGGAAACAUCGACGCUGGUGUACCCGACAACUAUUUCGUGGAGCGACUUGCUUCACCUAGAUGUCACGACACUAGCCUAG